AAAGGUGAAUUUAUUCGCCAAUGUUUAUAGGUCGCCAAUUCUUGGCGAUGAUUCGUGAAGAGAUCUUGAAUGGCAACCCUAAUUGAGGUUACAAUAGAUCUCCAGCAAAGAAGGAAAAUGCUCCUGGAUGGGUAGACGAAACUACAGGGAAUGUACACAUCUUUGGCAGGAAAGAUUGGCUGUCAUUGGACGCUGUCGAUAGACGAAACGAUGAUACUAAAUUUAACUGUAAACAAUUCAUUGGCCCAGUGAUUGCUAUGGUUCAUAGAUCAAAGUUGGUACUAGAAAUAAAUUUCUUUUAUCUUUCUUAAGAUGUUAGAUUAAGAAAGCCGGAUAUAUUUUAAAAUUAAAGAAGAAACAAUAUGGAAUUAAAAGAGAAAUGGUGUGAUUGAGAUUCUUUAUUACUGCUUACAUACAAAUAUUGAUAAAAAAAAUUUAAAAACACAUUCUAAAUGCGAUUUUUCUGAAAUUCAUUAAAGACAAGUCAUGAUACAUACUUAAGUAAGCCAUGAGCAGCGUUACAGAAGCACUUGUUUGUUGUGAAUUCAUCUUAUUGUUGUGAUUUAUGUGAUAUUUAGAAGUUAGAACUUAUUAAAAGUUAGUAAAAUAGUAGUUCAUUAUAAGUGGAACAUAUGUGUUGUAAAAGAAAUUUAAAUUUUUCUUGUUGGUCAGCGGCUGUGAAUCAGGCAGUUAUGUUUACUUUUACUGUUUGUGUUGGGAUUAAAGAUGACGCUUAAAAGAUGCUGGAGAACAUUGGAGGAAAUGAACUAAAAUAAAGAAAUGAUGUUGUUUUUGGCUUGGAUUUGCCUAGGAUGCAUUCUACAAUCAAGAGCCCAACAUCCACCUCGGAUAACGGAGCAUCCAUCAGAUGUCCUGGUGCCAAAACAUGAGCCCGCCACCCUUAAUUGUAAAGCUGAAGGAAAACCAGAGCCAAGCAUCGAGUGGUUCCAUGAUGGUAAUAAAGUGCGGAACAAUGCCAACAGAAUGGUCUUGCCAAGUGGAUCACUCUUUUUCCUGCACGUACUUCAUACCAAAAGAGAGCAAGAUACUGGUACAUAUUGGUGUCUGGCAACAAAUGAUUUGGGAAAAGCUCGCAGUAGAAAUGCUACGCUUGAAGUUGCUGUUUUACAAAAAGAUUUUCGACAGAGUCCGAAGCCUGUGCAAGCUGCUAUGGGGGAAGCAGCCAUUUUGGAAUGUGUGCCCCCAAAAGGCCAUCCUGAUCCAACGGUCCGGUGGAGAAAAGAUGGAGAGUAUGUCAACACCAACAAGGGAAGGUUCCGGAUAGUGAGUCCGGGAAAUCUAGUUAUUAAUGAUGUCCGGCAAUCUGACGAGGGUCACUAUCGAUGUGUAGCUGAGAACCUAGCUGGAUUUCGAGAAUCAGUUCCAGCAGCCUUGACUGUUCAAGUGAAACCAUUCUUCGUUCGAGAACCUGAACAUGUGACAGUUUUGGCUGACGAAAACGUUCAAUUCGAAUGUAAAGUUGGAGGGGAUCCUUUACCGACCAUAACAUGGCGAAGACAAGAUGGUAAAAUGCCAGUAGGAAGAGCUCAAAUCCAGGAAGACACAAGUUUGCUUAUCAAGGAUGUUCUUCCAUCAGAUGAAGGAACUUAUAUAUGUGAAGCAGAAAAUCCUGUAGGAAUAAUAUCAGCCUCCGUCACCUUAACCGUUCAUUCCCGACCCAUUUUUCUCAAAACGCCUAAGGACCAGAGAGUUGGCUUGAACGGAAUUGCGAAGUUCGAAUGUUCUGCAACCGGCAACCCUCCUCCUUCGGUGUUUUGGUCGAAAGAAGGGAAUCAGGUUCUCAUGUUUCCCGGAUCGUAUGGUAGGUUUUCAGUGUCACGGGAAGGAACACUGAUGAUUUCAGGUGUCACAAAAGAGGAUAAGGGUUACUAUACAUGCUCAGUUGUCUCUGUUAUCCGAUCCACUUUUGCCAAAGCCUACUUGGAAGUGACAGCUAUGGGAGAUGUACCACCACCCAUAAUCCUCCUCGGCCCUGCCAAUCAAACUCUUCCAUUGAACACCGAAGUGAAGCUGCCGUGCGAAGCAUCCGGAAACCCGACUCCUUCAAUUCGAUGGUUAUUCAAUUCUGGACCUAUUCCAAACAACCCCCGAUUUAAAGUUCUCGAGUCUGGAACUUUAAAAAUCGAUGCCCUUCAGUCAACAGAUUCUGGCUUAUAUUCAUGCACUGCUUCAAGCGAGAGUGGUGAGACAUCAUGGAGUGCAUCUUUAUCAGUAGAAUCACCACGGAAUCCAAAUGUGAUAUUUCAUCGAGCCCCUGAUCCCUCGACUUUUCCAAAACCUCCUGGUCAGCCGAAUGCCCUCAAUGUCACUGAAACAUCGGUUACUUUGCACUGGCAAAGAAGCAAUAACAUGGGUGCUUCCCCACUCAUUGGAUAUAGAGUGGAAUACUAUAGUAGCGAUCUCCAAAGUGGUUGGGUUGUCAGUGCUCACCAUGUCGCCUCAGAAACUCAUGUAGUCCACAACUUGAGGCCAGAUACACACUACCAGUUCCUAGUGAGAGCCGAAAAUUCCCACGGUCUAAGUCUUCCCAGUCCUAGUAGCAAAGUCAUCAAAACCCAUGGUCUCCCCCCUCACAUGCUUCCUGACUAUGAUUUGGAAGAGGCACGGAUUCAACUGAGCAGCAUAGCUGUGGAACUUCAGGAUAUUCGAGCCAUUAGUUCAACGGCUGUGAAAUUGUUCUGGAAGGGAGCCGAGGAACACGUGGAGGGAUUUUAUAUUCGUUUUCGUGACCUCAGCUCAGGAUCACAGAAGUACAACAUGGUGACUGUUCUAAACGGCGGAGCUUCUUCCUACGUCCUAACUGAUCUCAGAAAAUACACCAAGUACGAGUUUUUCCUGGUUCCUUUUUACAAGAGUGUUGAAGGCCCACCGAGCAAUUCUCAAACGGCACAGACUUUGGAAGAUGUACCAUCUGCUCCCCCAGACAAUCUCCACGUUGAAAUUUUAGGAAUAACUAGUGCUGCCAUCUCAUGGUCUUCACCGCCACCACAACACAUCAAUGGCGGUUUGAAAGGAUAUCUGCUGCAGAUUUAUGACAACACAUCCAGUCUACACUCCAAUAUUACCACAAACAGCACAACUACAUCUGUGACAUUAAGGAAUCUCACAGCUGGUGUACUCUACAAAGCUAAAGCGGAGGCCUUUACGCAUGUUGGAAAAGGUCCGUCAACGUCACUUCUUAAUAUCCUUAUAGAUCCUCAUAUGAUUGGAGCCAUGGACAGUGGUUUGUCGAGGAGAUCAUCUUCCAUUCAUACUAUAGUACAACAACCAUGGUUCAUUGCUGUUCUAGGUAGCUUCAUUUUCAUUCUAUUAUCUGUCUUCCUCGUUGCCGUUUUCUUCAGGAGGAGACUUGCUUGGAAAAAGGCACUGGGUGUGCAAAUCAAUGUGCCUAUUCACAAAACAGAAGGAUUGAGGGAGGUAAAUUCUUGUGAGACAUUAUGGAUCAACCCAUCUCAUGCGAGCAACGCCAACAGCAUCAGUGAAUCCAAAUUACUAGAAAAACCAGAUUCUUCUAUGGAGCACAAUUAUUACAGCGUUUGUGCUCCUGAUUAUGCGGAAGUAGACACACAUAGUAUGGCUAUAUUUUACAAAAGAGAUUUACCUUGUGAUUUGGCGCCAUACGCAACAACAACGUUAAUCAACGCAGCCAAACAAACUACAGGAUCUACUCAUGAUAGCAAAAGCAGCAGUUCUGAAUUGAGUAAAAAGUCAGACCUCAGACUAACUGAAGAUGAUGUGUUUGAACAUUUCCUCAGUAAGGGACAACCAUGUAACUCUGUCAAUUAUUCUAAUGAAGAGUGUGGUUACCAAGGAAGGCAAAUGAAGAACAAAUUUCUUCCAGGGACAUCAAAAGCUUCUCCAGCAAUGAAUUGGGUAGAUUUCAUACCUCCUCCACCAGAAAAUCCUCCAAUUGAUCUCACCUCUAUUCCCGGAGUACCACCUGGAGGAAGAAAUUUGUCGCCUGUAAAGUGCGCCUACCAAGCCCAAAGUUAUCAAGGGAACUUCAACACGAAGCCUUUAAAUACCACUUCUCCGUGGAGCACGUUGGGACGAAACGUCGAUAAUGACGUUUGCAAUGGGAGCUCGAUCUUCGGAAUAAAGGGUCAUCCUGGACUCAUGCCCCAACGCACUUUACCCCAAGGAAUGGGAGGUGAGAGAGUGUUUCAAGGAUCUUUAACAUCUCUCCGGGGAGAUCAGUUUCCAGCAAUGGCCAGGAGAAUCAGCCAGAAUGGUGUCAUCACAAACACGGGUUUCCCUUUUCCUUUCUUCCUCAAAUCAAGUACUAGCGGAGGUGAUGUACAUCAGAUCUACACUGGCAUCGCUGCCCUGCAAGACCCAACACAGUCGGCAGAAAAUGGAGAAGAUAUUGAAUUAAACAAUCUUUACAUGCAUCGCACAAGCCUCACUGAUCAAGGAGUAGUUCCAACUGGCAACGCAUUUUUUGUUGAAGAUAAUCAAAAUGUUCGACCAUGCACGAAUGAAUACAGCAACAAUUUCUUCAUUGCAGAAUAUAACGCUGGUAGGGCACAGACAACGCUACGAAACCGAAGUUCAAGACCGCCCAGUUCUUACAGUAAUGAAGGUAAUAACACAGGAACAGUGCCUUCCAGAUCCGCUGCCCAAUCCAAACAAAAAUGGAAAGAAACUGAAGCGAAGGAGAAGACACCGAAUGAUGACAUUCCAUCGUACAACAAACCAAAUUUCCCAUCAUGUUCUAAUAGUACUUCAUCUCAAAGUCAAGGAAGGAGAAGAAGGGAACUAAAAGAGACUAUUAAUGAACUAUCUCCUCUCAAAAACUUUUCUAGUCUCACAGAGAAAUAUGGUGAAAAGUCAUCCCCCUCUGAAACAUCAGAAAAUAAAGAGCAACAAGAAGAAAAAAGAUGAAAAUAUAAAGAUCAAAAACGGAUUGAUGUAAAUGAGAGCCUAGGGCAUAUAUUCUUCUUUCUGUCUCUAAAAUAUAUAUCCUGCGCCAUUUUUCAUCUUCAAAACUGUAGCUCCCAGAACUCCUCCCAUCUGGUAUCCUGCAACCCACCGUGGUUAAGAAAGAAAAUAAUUUACAUAUCGAAGACAUGUCUAGUCAUUUGAAAUAUCGACAAAUAAAACUACAUUUCUCAUCAGAAGGGUUAUCCGACAUAUCAUAAACUGUACAUUUCUCAUUAAAUAAAUGUUUUAUUUUUGUGUGA